UCUCUAAAGUCUUGAUACAAAAACAUGAAUAUUGUUCUUCUUGUAUGUGUUAUCCUACUAGCAGGUUUUGAAGCUGAAGCAUUAUCAUAUGAUUAUAGUGUCAGCAUCGAAUGUUUGCCAAAGCCACUGAAGCCUCUGUAUAAUGGAGGAAUUAUUCAAAACCCAGAAUUGAAUGAUGGACUACAUGGUUGGGAAGCAUUUGGGAAUGCAAAAAUACAGCAUAGAGAAUCAUUAGGCAACAAAUAUGUUGUUGCACAUAACAGAGAUCAUCCAUUUGACAGUGUCUCUCAGAAGAUUUACCUACGAAAAGGGUUGCACUAUAGUUUAUCUGCUUGGAUACAAGUGAGUGAAAAUAAUGUUCCAGUAAAAGCAGUAAUCAAAACAAAUAAUGGAUAUAAAUUUGGUGGUGCUAUCUAUGGUGAGUCUAAUUGUUGGUCCAUGCUUAAGGGUGGUCUCAUAGCAGAUACAACAGGAGUAGCUGAGCUCUAUUUUGAGAGCAAUAAUACUUCAGUGGAAAUUUGGAUAGACAAUGUUUCUUUGCAACCUUUCACCAAAAAGGAAUGGAUGUCUCAUCAACAAGAAAGUAUUGAAAAGGCUCGCAAGAGUAAUGUAAGACUCCAAGCAGUUGAUGAAAAGGGAGAGCCAUUAAGAAACACAACAAUAUCAAUGAAAAUGAAUAGGUUAGCUUUUCCAUUCGGAAGUGCAAUGAGCAAAGAGAUAUUACAAAACAGUGCGUACCAAAACUGGUUCGCAUCUCGUUUCACAGUUGCAACAUUUGCAAAUGAAAUGAAAUGGUACACAAAUGAAUACGCACAAGGCAAAGAUAACUACUAUGAGGCCGAUGCAAUGCUAAAUUUCGCAAACACACAUAACAUUCAGGUUAGAGGCCACAACGUACUUUGGGAUGAUCCUAACUACCAGCCUUCUUGGGUUCCUCAGUUGUCGCCGCAACAACUUCAACAAGCCGUCCAAAGGAGAGUGAAUUCCGUUGUGGAAAGAUAUAAAGGAAAGCUUAUUGCUUGGGAUGUUGUUAAUGAAAAUCUUCAUUUUUCAUUCUUUGAGAACAAAUUAGGAAAAUAUUAUUUUGCUAAGAUAUUUAAUGACGUUCAUAAGAUUGAUGGAGAAGCUACUUUAUUUUUGAAUGAAUAUAAUACUAUUGAGGAUCAAAGAGAUACUUCAUCAGCACCAUCAAAGUAUAUUCAAAAGAUUAGAGAGAUUCGAAGAUUGAAUAAUAAUUUGCCUCUUGGAAUUGGAUUGGAGUCUCAUUUCCCUAAUACUCCUCCUAAUUUGCCUUACAUGAGAGCUUCACUUGAUACUCUUGUUGCUACUGGUUUACCUGUUUGGAUUACAGAAAUAGAUGUUGCUGACCAACCUAAUCAGGCAUGGUACUUUGAGGAGGUUCUUAGAGAAGCACACUCUCAUCAUGGUGUUAGAGGAAUUGUAAUGUGGACAGCAUGGUCACCACAAGGUUGCUAUAGAAUUUGUUUGGUAGAUAACAAUUUCAAGAACUUGCCAGGAGGUGAUGUUGUUGACAAAUUAAUUGCUGAGUGGGGGAAAGGACAUUUAGCAAUGACGACAGACCAAAACGGUUUCCUCGAGGCCUCACUUUUUCAUGGUGACUAUGAAAUCGAAGUUAGUCACCCUACAAAGAAGAAUAUUAGUUUGACUCAUAACAUUAAAGUUCUUCCCAAAGACGAGACUGAGAAAACUCAACAGUUUAUUCAACUUUCUGUUUAGUUAUUUGCUUCUUCAUUCUUUGGUAGGCUUGUUGCCUAUAAUUCAAACAUAAUUAGGCUUUUAUUUGCUUUAGGUUAUUGAUUACCGUUUUCUAAUACGAAUUAAAUGCUAGAUGAUGUAAAGUUAAAUAAUUCUUAAAUGUUAAAAAAAAGCCACACUAUUGUACCAAGUUAGCAUUUCCUUAUGAAAAAAAGGAAAUUUCAAGAUGUAGAGACGUCAUUCAUCUAAGGAAGUAUUUUAAAUAAAGUUAAUAAAAUCAGAGGAAAUUAAUAUUA